AUGUUCGAUAAGAAGACACUGGGCAUGGAAAAUCCUUUUGCGGCGACAUUCGCGGAGGAGCGCUCCGACUUGCCCCUCCCUCUGCAGAAACGCCUGCCUUUGAAGCAGUUGAGCUCGAUGGUCGAUGGAACAUUCACAGGGAAGCAGAUGGACAUGAAACUCACACCUCAUGCAGCCCUUGGCCGGGCCAUCAGGGUCUACCAACAUGCAAUUUUUGCUCAUGAAAUGCGGGAGUUUAGCCUGGAGGAGGUCUACAGCAAGAGUGGGUAUUCAAACAAUGGUAUGACCGGCAGCUUCAAUAAGCAUGCAGUCAUCAAGGACAUGGUCACCGAACGACUCUUAGAUGUCCAGGAGAUCAUCGAAGUGCUAUGCGAACAUGUUGAACGAAUCUAUAAGGCCCCUGUGGCAAAGAUCCACGAACUUCUUUCCAACCAACACGCUAUGAUGAAGGAUCAGACCAACUUCAAGAACCUUCUGGAUUCCACAUAUGAACGUCUCGUUGUCUCACAGCUUGGAAAGGGCAACGAGUUCCUUCAGGAUCUUGUUCAGCACAGUACUGCAUCUGUCCGCGUGGACCUGAUGCAGAAGCACCUUGAUCUAGCCAUGCUUGCAGGAGCCAGGCCCAGGAAGGACAGUUGUUGGGCGCAGACCGUGAGCUGUAGCUGCUUCAAGGGUAUUAAGCAGUACCUGAAAGUAUUGCAAGGAUUAUUGGAUGGUGAAGCAGACACGGAUGACGUCCAGGUGGCCCAACGCAUGCCUGCGAUGACCAACUUUGUAGAAGGUGGCGGCGAAGACUUUCCUGUAGAAGAUUACCAGAGGGUGGACGUGGAUGGGCUCAACAAAGCAGCAGAUAAGUACUUCACGAUCUUGAAGGGACAGAUCGCAAUCUUGGUGGAACAGACCUUGGACGACAAGGUCUACACGUUCAUGGAAGGAAAUUCUCUGAAUAGCAACAUUUACACGGGCAUCUUGUGUCAAGUCCACAGGGAAUUGAAAGGAAAAGACUUGCCCGAGUUUGCUGGAGGGUUGUGGGUCAUCCAGAGGAUUCCACCUGCAUCGAUUUGUUUUGUUUUAUAG